AUCCCUCAAUCGCCGGAGACAAAAAGCUUCCUCAGUUCCGACGAAAUUCACCAAUCAAAUUCAAAAGAAGUGGAAUUUUCUGCACCUUUUUCUUCUACUUUAAUUGAUUUUAUCCUAUGCUGUAGUCGGAGACGGAUUUAAACCCCUGCUCUCCGUUUGGGGAGAGGAACUUCGAUGGGACUCUGCACCUCCAAACCCUCCCCAAACCCUCCUCUCUCUCCUAAAUUCGAUCCCAGGACUACCCCUAUUCCGGCGCAGGAUAGCGAUGUUCAUCAGAGUUCUAGUUCUGUGCCAGCCAAGAGUAAUGGUAAACCGCCGGUUAGCUUGGAGAGUCAGAACGAUGUGAAUGAUCGUGAGAAGGAGGAUGACAAGAGCAGCAUCCCUAACAAUGAAGGUAAGAAAUCGCCGUUUUUUCCGUUUUACAGUCCGAGUCCAGCUCACUACUUGUUCUCGAAGAAGUCUCCCGCGAGAUCUUCGGCGAAUUCGACCCCGAAGAGGUUCUUCAAGCGGCCGUUCCCUCCGCCGUCUCCGGCGAAGCACAUAAGAGCUGUUCUAGCACGGCGGCAUGGGUCGGUGAAGCCGAACGAAGCGGCAAUACCGGAGGGGAGUGAAGCGGAGGGUGUUCCGGCCACGGGACUUGACAAGAACUUUGGAUUCUCGAAGCAUUUUGGGAACAAGUACGAGCUCGGUGAGGAAGUAGGGAGAGGCCAUUUUGGUUAUACCUGCUCAGCCAAGUUCAAGAAAGGGGAACUCAAAGGACAAGAAGUUGCUGUUAAGGUUAUACCCAAAGCGAAGAUGACUACUGCAAUUGCCAUUGAGGAUGUGAGAAGAGAGGUAAAAAUAUUGAGAGCUUUGACUGGGCAUAACAAUCUAGUACAAUUCUAUGAUGCGUAUGAAGAUCAUGACAAUGUCUACAUAGUUAUGGAGUUAUGUGAAGGAGGGGAGCUCUUGGAUAGAAUACUUGCAAGGGGUGGAAAAUACACUGAGGAUGAUGCAAAAGCAGUCAUGAUUCAGAUACUAAAUGUUGUUGCCUUUUGUCACCUCCAAGGUGUUGUUCAUCGGGAUCUAAAGCCUGAGAAUUUUUUGUUCACAUCAAAGGAUGAGAACUCAGAAUUGAAGGCCAUAGAUUUUGGGUUGUCAGAUUUUGUAAAACCAGAUGAAAGACUUAAUGACAUUGUUGGUAGUGCAUACUAUGUAGCGCCUGAAGUUCUACAUAGGGCUUAUAGUACAGAAGCUGAUGUCUGGAGUAUAGGUGUGAUUGCAUAUAUUCUGCUGUGCGGAAGCCGUCCAUUUUGGGCUCGAACAGAGUCUGGAAUCUUCCGGGCUGUUCUAAAAGCUGAUCCAAGUUUUGAUGAAGUACCUUGGCCAUCUCUGUCUCCUGAGGCUAGCGAUUUUGUCAAGCGCUUACUGAACAAGGACCCUCGCAAAAGAUUGACUGCUGCCCAGGCCUUAUGUCAUCCCUGGAUUAAAUAUUAUAAGGAUGUAAAAGCGCCUUUGGAUAUACUAAUAUUCAAGCUCAUGAAGGCUUAUAUGCGAUCAUCAUCUCUUCGGAAAGCGGCUUUAAGGGCACUGUCUAAAACAUUGACCGUGGAAGAGCUAUUUUAUUUGAAAGAGCAGUAUGCAUUGCUGGAACCUAACAAAAAUGGCACUAUAAGCUUAGAAAAUAUUAAAGUGGCCUUGAUGAAAAAUUCUACCGAUGCUAUGAAGGAGUCACGAAUCCAUGAUUUUCUUGCAUCACUUAAUGCACUUCAAUAUAGACGGAUGGAUUUUGAGGAAUUCUGUGCAGCUGCUUUAAGUGUCCAUCAGCUGGAGGCUCUUGAUCGGUGGGAACAACAUGCUCGUUGUGCAUAUGAGCUUUUUGAGAAGGAUGGAAACAGAGCUAUUGUUAUUGAAGAACUAGCAUCAGAACUGGGGCUGGGCCCUUCUGUGCCUGUUCAUGCUGUUCUUCAUGACUGGAUUAGGCACGCAGAUGGAAAGCUGAGUUUUCUUGGGUUUGUCAAAUUGUUGCAUGGGGUGUCUAGCCGGACCUUUGCAAAAGCUCAGUAGAAAGUUUAAAACCACUGCAAGAACCAUAACAAGUACCUUAUUUUCCCCAGCUGUUUUGCCUAAUAAGUGAACAAGUGAGAGAGGCCUUCAAAGGAAUUAAUACAGAGGUAGACUGAAUUUCUCAUUGCAAUCAACACCUCAGUGUCACUUUGUUUCAGCUAAUUUAUCUGCACUGCACAAGUUUGCAUACACACAAGUGCAUCCAUGUGCCGCCUUGUGUAAUCAUCACAGGAUGAAGCUUAGGUGUGUGUGUCUUCCCCUGUAAAUCUGUAGUUAAAUGUGUUAAAAUUGCAGGUGAGAGUAUCUCUCAACUGAGUACAAAUAGACUUCUGAUAUUCUGACAUACUGGGAAUAGCUCGAUAAGCACCCCUGAUUGCGUUGUAUCAUCUUUUUCUAUAGUUUGUAAUCAAAAGUACCCUGCCACGUCUCUUUAGCUAAUCCUAGGCGUUCCAACCCUCCUCCCCCUCUCCCUGCCCCCAAAAGCCAGAAAUUAAUAUCUAAGUUCUUCAGGAUUUCACUGGCUGGAUUGUUUAAUUCACUUAUUACUAAAAUUAUGUCGAGUUUUCCCAAUUGUCUAUCUAUAUUUUUUAAACGAACAACUUAUCUGUAUAUAAUCAUUUUGUGACAACAAUAAAGGGUCUGGUGUUUA